GCCAAAAUCCUGAGCAUGAUGGAAGACAAUAAGCAGCUCGCGCUCCGCAUCGAUGGGGCGGUCCAGUCGGCCAGCCAGGAGGUGACCAACCUGCGAGCUGAACUCACGGCCACCAACCGGAGACUGGCGGAACUGAGCGGAGGCGGCGGCCCCGGCCCCGGCCCGGGCCCGGGAGCGGCGGCCAGCGCCUCGGCGGCGGCAGACUCGGCGGCGGCGAACAUGGAGAACCACCAGCACGGCGCGCAAGUGCUCCUGCGGGAAGAAGUAUCUCGGCUCCAGGAGGAAGUCCACCUUCUCCGGCAGAUGAAGGAGAUGCUGACGAAGGACCUGGAGGAGUCGCAGGGUGGCAAGUCCUCUGAGGUCCUCUCGGCCACCGAGCUCAGGGUCCAGCUGGCCCAGAAGGAGCAGGAGCUAGCCAGAGCCAAAGAAGCCUUGCAGGCCAUGAAAGCCGACCGGAAGCGCCUCAAGGGUGAGAAGACGGACCUGGUGAGCCAGAUGCAGCAGCUGUACGCCACGCUGGAGAGCCGUGAGGAGCAGCUGCGGGACUUCAUCCGGAACUACGAGCAGCACCGCAAGGAGAGCGAGGACGCUGUCAAAGCGCUGGCCAAGGAGAAGGACCUGCUGGAGCGGGAGAAGUGGGAGCUCCGGCGCCAAGCCAAGGAGGCCACGGACCACGCCACGGCGCUGCGCUCCCAGCUGGACCUCAAGGACAACCGGAUGAAGGAGCUGGAGGCUGAGCUGGCCAUGGCCAAACAGUCCUUAGCGACGCUGACCAAGGAUGUCCCCAAGCGGCAUUCACUUGCCAUGCCAGGCGAGACGGUGCUCAACGGCAACCAGGAGUGGGUGGUGCAGGCGGACCUGCCGCUGACGGCCGCCAUCCGGCAGAGCCAGCAGACUCUCUACCACUCGCAUCCCCCUCACCCCGCAGACCGGCAAGCGGUCAGGGUGAGCCCCUGCCACUCCCGGCAGCCCUCUGUCAUCUCCGAUGCGUCUGCCGCGGAAGGCGACCGGUCGUCCACGCCCAGCGACAUCAACUCCCCUCGACACCGGACCCACUCCCUCUGCAACGGCGACAGUCCCGGCCCAGUUCAGAAGAACCUGCACAACCCCAUUGUACAGUCACUAGAGGAUCUUGAAGACCAAAAACGGAAAAAGAAGAAAGAGAAGAUGGGAUUUGGCUCCAUCUCCCGCGUCUUCGCCAGAGGGAAGCAGCGGAAGUCCCUCGACCCCGGCCUCUUUGAUGACUCGGACAGCCAGUGCAGCCCCACGAGGCAGAGCCUCAGCCUGUCGGAGGGUGAGGAGCAGGUGGACCGGCUGCAGCAGGUGGAGCUGGUCCGGACCACCCCCAUGUCCCACUGGAAGGCCGGCACCGUGCAGGCCUGGCUGGAGGUGGUCAUGGCCAUGCCCAUGUACGUGAAGGCCUGUGCGGAGAACGUGAAGAGUGGGAAGGUGCUGCUGAGCCUGAGUGACGAAGACCUGGAGCUGGGCCUGGGCGUGUGCAGCUCCCUGCACCGGCGGAAGCUGCGGCUGGCCAUCGAGGACUACCGCGACGCCGAGGCCGGCCGGAGCCUGUCCAAAGCCGCUGACCUGGACCAUCACUGGGUGGCCAAGGCCUGGCUGAAUGACAUCGGCCUGUCCCAGUACUCCCAGGCCUUCCAAAACCACCUGGUCGACGGGCGGAUGCUGAACUCCCUGAUGAAGCGGGACCUGGAGAAGCACCUGAAUGUGUCCAAGAAGUUCCACCAGGUCAGCAUCCUGCUGGGGAUCGAGCUGCUGUACCAAGUGAACUUCAGCAGAGAGGCCCUCCAGGAGCGCCGGGCCCGCUGCGAGACGCAGAACAUAGACCCCGUGGUCUGGACCAACCAGCGGGUGCUCAAGUGGGUGCGAGAUAUCGAUCUGAAGGAGUACGCAGACAACCUGACCAACAGCGGGGUCCACGGCGCUGUGCUGGUGCUGGAGCCCACGUUCAAUGCCGAGGCCAUGGCCACCGCCCUGGGCAUCCCCAGCGGGAAGCACAUUCUCCGCAGACACCUGGCGGAGGAGAUGAGCGCCAUCUUCCCCCCGGCCAGCUCCACGGGCAUCCGGGAGGCCGAGCGCUUCGGCACGCCCCCCGGGAGGGCCUCCAGCGUCACCCGGGCGGGGAGGGAGGAGAACAGCAGCAGCAUCAAGUACAAGGCUGGCCGGCUGCCCCUGGGGAAGAUCGGAAGGGGCUUCAGCAGCAAAGAGCCCGAUUUCCACGAUGACUAUGGCUCUCUUCAGAACGAGGACUGCGGCGACGAUGACCUCCAGGGCGGGCCAGAGCAGGGCCGCCUGGAAGGCUACAAUGGCCUGGAGGUCACCAACGUGUAGGGGACUGAUGCUCCGCCGCACCCAACAUGGGUUCUCUCCUGGAGGAAGGGUAGCCACAUAGUCACGUGCCACUGUACAUAGUGACCUCGGGCUGAGCACACUCCUCU